AUGAACUUGCACCUUCAUCCACCCACAGCCAGUCGGUCGGCCGCCACGAAGCCGGCGCCGAGCUUCCCCCAGCUCUCUCCCGCCCCGGUAUUCGACUACCAUCCCAGCGCCGAUGGUAUCGACAGCAACCUGUUGAUCUUCUUCCAUGGACUAGGUGACACUCAGAUCCCAUUUAGUCAGCUGGCUCGAAAGUUGAAGUUGCCUCAGACGGCAUGUAUGUCUAUACGGGCGUUUGAACGAGUCCCGUUUCUGGAAGAGGAAGCCUACCAAUGGUGGGAGUCCUUCGACAUCACUGGUAGUCCGGUCUCGCAUCCGAACCCAAGCUCGACUCUGAUCAAGCUGAUCGGGAUGCUCGACAGACUGACGACUGAUGAGAUCGGAUGGACGCCCGAAGACAUCCAUCUUUUCGGCUUUGCCCAAGGGGCCAGUUGUCUCUCCGAGCUCGCCUUACUAUGGACCCGCUCGAGAUCGACAGCAGCUCCCUUGGCCUCCAUCGUCUCCGUUUCUGGCCCACUUCUCUCUCUGCCCACCAUUCCUACCUCCAGUCGAUCGCCAACUCCGGUCUUCUUGUGGACUCGAAGAGGCGAGGACGACACUGGGAAAUGGCGGGCUGGAUUCGAACGUGGCUUCCAAUCCGUCCAACACUUUCUUGCACCCCGCGCCUCUCAAGAACAGAUGCCGAUGACUCCACAGGAGUGGAAACCAAUCCUUGAAUUCUGGUCGAAACUGCUUAAAUCUCGGCAUCCUUGGGAGCUGAAUGAUCGAAACACUGAGGAGUCGUCUACCUAUGAAGUAAGAGCCGGUUGA